AUGUUUCAUCUUUUCGUUCAUCAUUUGUCAUCAACAGAAGAAAAUCAUAAUCAAUCAUUUGGAAUAACAACCAACUUUGCUUCCGAUAUCAAGUUAUCUCAAGAAAAUCAACAAAAAGAUAUUUUAACAAAAAUCAAACAGAAUGAAGAAGAAAGCUAUGAUGUAACAAUUCCAUCAUAUAGUUCUGAGCAUUCUACUCUUCAUUUUACAAAUAAUGAAGUAAAAUCAAUCAAAAUUUCAUCUUCAACUUAUAGAAUAACAAUUGUUAUCUUUCAAAAUGCAAACAAGUUUACUCUUGAAGAUGGAGAACAGCUUAAAGUAGUGUAUUCAUUCAUAAAAGGGAACGAAAUUAUUCUUAAAAUUAAAGCACUUGAACCAAAUUCAGAUCUUCAAUAUUAUUGGAGAGAAUUAGAUUAUUCAACUGAUAUGCAUGCUAAUGUAAUCAUAAAUGUUAAAAAUUUCAGCUAUGGAUUUCCACCAUUAAGAAAUUCCCAUCUAAUUUAUAUAUAUUCUUCAGAUGCUACAUUACAACAUAAAUGUUUUAUUUCUGAAUCAUCACGUUAUUAUGGCACAUCGAAUGCUGAAUUUGAGGAUGAUGAGAUAAAUGGCAUAUAUUUUGGUCAAGUAGAAUUAAAAAGUGAUUUGCCUGAUGAUGAAAUAUCGGGGAUAUUCAAUGUUGAAAAUUGCCUUUCUGCAUUUGACUACGCUGAAAAAAUUGAGUUUUUUAUUCUACAGCAUUCUAUUCUAUAA